AUGACUAAAAAGAAUAAUAAAAAAGCCACAACAGCUCGAGAACUUGUUGUUCCUGUUGUUGAAGAAGUGUUAUCAGACAGGAACAAUAGUGUUGAUUUUCGUGAAGUUCUCUCUGAGGGAAUAAAAGGCCAAAAAAGAAGGUGUCCAUCUAUUAUAGGUGGUGUGUCCAGUAGAACUAGAGCAAGAAAGGCGCUCUCAGAUGGGAAUGAGCCGAUAGAAGAAGAGGCAGUCCAGCGGGAUAAUACUCCAGUGAGAGAAACCACUGUAGAUUCUCUCUCAAUUGAUGCCGAAAGUGAAGGCAUGUCUGAUGUAUCAUCCAAGAUCAGACCAGAGCUUGUUCUCCUCACCGGACAAAUCGGUUUGGAUAUUCAACAAAGACAGAGACUACUCUGA